AUGAAUACGUUGAAUAUGUUCCUAAUUCUUUCGGCUGAGUUAAUCAUAAAUUGUUACUGUGCAUGGCCUGAUCCUUAUGCAAAGACCAGCGGUGAAAUAUGGCCAUUACCGCAACAAAUUGAACGAUACGAACGCUUUUGGUCAGUUGAUGCAAGGAAUUUCAUCAUUCAAUCAUCAAUGAAAUGUGAUAUCAUUGAUGAAGCGAUUAAAAGAUACACAACUCGCCUGAUGAAGAUGCAAUCAAACUAUAAGACGAGCUAUAUUCCUGAUCAGGAUCAGUUGAACAAACUGGAAAUUAUCGUCGAAGGAACAUGUCCAAAGUGUGCGCCUCAACUCGGAAUGGAUGAAAGUUAUAAACUUAAUGUAACAAGCAGUGACGUUUUCCUUAAAUGUGCUGAGGUAUGGGGUGCGCUUCGUGGUCUUGAGUCGUUCAUCCAAUUGAUCUAUUUUAAUGCUUCACAAGGACUGAUGAUACAAACUGCUAUCAUUAAAGAUUUUCCACGGUUUCCUCAUCGUGGUGUACUUCUUGACACAUCCAGACAUUUUCUAUCGACGAAUGCACUAAAAGCAAAUAUCGAGUUGAUGUCGCAAAACAAAUUAAAUGUUUUCCACUGGCACAUUGUUGACAAUGAGGCAUUUCCAUACGCAUCAGAAGUGUUACCGUCAUUGUCGAAUGGUGCUUACACUCCCAAACAUAAAUACUCAUUACAACAAAUCAAGGAUUUAAUUGCGUAUGCACGUUUGCGAGGUAUUCGUGUUGUGGUGGAAUUUGAUACACCUGGUCAUAUGGCAUCAUGGGGCAAGGGCAUACCUGAUUUAUUAGCAAAAUGCUUUGAUUCGAAAGGUAAGGAAAUAUCUGAUCGGAGUCUAUUCGAUCCAACAGUCGACGAGAAUUGGGACGUUAUCCUAGCCCUUUUUGAGGUAGUCUUCCAAAUAUUUCCUGACAACAGUAUUCAUCUUGGUGGUGAUGAGGCUCAGUUNUGGGUUCCACAAUGUUGGGGACACAAUCCAAAUGUCACAAAAUUUAUGUCGCUAUACGAAUUGAAUACGACACGUGAUCUUCAAGAAUGGUAUUUUGAAAAGCUUGUCAAUAUUCUCAGUGAUUCGCACAAAACAUUCAUCGUUUGGCAAGAAGUGUUAGAUAUGGGAAUUGAAAUAAAGAACGGAAUAUCUCAAGUGUGGAGAGGUGCGACCAGAACAGAACAAAUGCAGGCGAUGGCCGACGUGACAUCAAAGGGACAUUAUGCAUUAUUGUCAGCUUGUUGGUAUCUUGAUUAUAUACACACAUCUGCUGACUGGAUCGAUUACUACAUGUGUGAUCCGCAAGGAUUCAAUGGUUCAGUCAUUCAAAAAAAUCUAGUAUUGGGCGGUGAAGCGGCAUUGUGGGGUGAAUGGGUUGAUGAGAGUAAUGUGGUGUCUCGAUUAUGGCCUCGUGCUUCGGCUGUUGCCGAACGACUUUGGAGCGACAGCAGUCAAACUAACGAUCCAUCGGUGGCAUGGCCCAGUGUGAAAAUGGAAUUUUUUCACCUGAUUCUGUCGCUUUCAACGUCCCUCGGAAAUCAUGGUUUUAGAUUAUAUGAAAUGCAGUGCAGAAUGGCAGCACAAGGUUAUCCUGUCCAACCAGGCUAUGGACCUGGAUUUUGUGCCGUUGAAUAUCACUCUGAGUUACCAGUCUGA